UACUCCCCUUCCCCCACAUUCGCGCGCGCCUGCUGGGCCCCGGGACUUUGAGACGGUACCCACCGCGCAGAAAUCCUUACUGGAAAAAGGCUUUUCAGUUAUGGCAAAUAUCAUUGGUAACACCUCAGCCAGGUGGGAAACUCAUACUGCAAUGCUGGUGGAACCCCUCAGUACCAAUGAUCCAGAGGUAUAUGACAUCAUCAAGAAGGAGAAGAGCCGUCAGAGACUUGGCUUGGAGCUCAUUGCCUCUGAGAACUUUGCAAGCCGAGCUGUGUUGGAGGCUCUGGGCUCGUGCAUGAAUAACAAAUAUUCUGAGGGGUAUCCUGGACAGAGGUAUUAUGGUGGCACUGAGUUUGUAGAUGAGUUGGAACGGCUGUGCCAGAAACGAGCAUUGGAUCUAUACAACCUUGACCCAGAGAAAUGGGGAGUCAAUGUCCAGCCAUAUUCAGGUUCUCCAGCGAACUUUGCUGUUUACACAGCUCUCGUGGAGCCACAUGGGAGAAUCAUGGGAUUGGACCUUCCUGAUGGUGGCCACUUGACCCAUGGCUUCAUGACUGAAAAGAAGAAAAUUUCUGCCACGUCCAUCUUCUUUGAGUCAAUGCCAUACAAGGUAAACCCUGAAACUGGUUAUAUUGACUAUGACAGGUUGGCAGAUAAUGCCCAACUCUUCCACCCAAAGCUCAUCAUCGCAGGGGUGAGCUGUUACUCCCGUAAUCUGGAUUACGCCAGGAUGCGACAGAUUGCGGAUGACAAUGGUGCCUACCUGAUGUCAGACAUGGCACACAUCAGUGGCUUGGUGGCAGCCGGGGUGGUGCCCUCUCCAUUUGAAUACAGUGACGUGGUUUCCACAACAACACACAAGACCCUCCGUGGCUGCAGGUCCGGGAUGAUCUUCUACAGAAAAGGAGUUCGCAGCACUGAUCCGAAGACAGGAAAGGAGAUCAUGUACAACUUGGAAAGUCUGAUCAAUCAGGCAGUUUUCCCGGGGCUGCAAGGUGGGCCCCACAACCAUGCCAUCGCAGGAGUUGCUGUUGCACUCAAACAGGCGAUGACUCCAGAAUUCAAGCUUUAUCAGAAACAGAUUGUGGCAAACUGCAAGGCUCUUUCAUCAGCAUUGGUGAAUCUGGGAUACAAGAUUGUUACUGGUGGCUCAGAUAAUCAUCUGAUCCUGGUGGAUCUACGCAACCAAGGCACAGAUGGGGGCAGAGCUGAGAAGGUUCUGGAAAAGUGCGCCAUUGCUUGCAACAAGAACACCUGUCCAGGUGACAAAAGUGCCUUACGUCCCAGUGGCCUUCGCCUGGGAACACCAGCUCUCACCUCCCGAGGGUUCCAGGAAGAGCAUUUCCGCACAGUAGCAGCUUUCAUUCACAGAGGGAUCCAGUUAACACUGGAGAUUCAGAGAGACAUUGGUGCAAAGGCAUCACUCAAAGAAUUCAAAGAGAGGAUGAUGACUGACAAGGACUACCAGAGCAAGAUCAGACAACUAAAGGAGGAAGUGGAGAUGUUUGCAUCCAAAUUCCCAAUUCCUGGGUUCGCUGAUCUUUAAAGCUGCAGAGCCUGGAAUUGCAGCAGCUAAACUUGUGGGAUUUGUUUAAAAUGCACAACAGUGUUGCUAUUCGAGCUGACCUAUCCCUGAAGUGAUUAAAAAUUCCAUUAAAUUAAGAGGUCCCUUGUGAUGCAAAGAAUUAGAAUUAUUUCAUGAAAGCUCGGGAAUCCUGUCAUUAUUUCAGGGCCUUUUUGACUACUGUAUUUCAUGUUUGAGAGAUUUGCCCAAGUCUCUGCAAAACCAAUGGUCGUGUUUCUCACUUUCAAGAGGUACUCUUCCCACUCUCCUCAGGAUCAUUGCUUGAUUGUCGCCUGAUGAGAAACCACUCUUUAUUCCCAGGAUUAUGGGGCUUUUAACAGUUUAUAUUAAUGGUUUUUAAAUGGACACCUCAAGCUGAUUUUUUUAAUCGUAGAUUGUGUUUUAGUACUCAUACCCCAUGCAAGUGCAUGUAAGUUCCAUUUAACGUGCCUUAUUUACAACAGCAACAACUAUUCUGGCCUAUUGAGCAUCCCUGCUUUUAAUCGCUGUACUAAGGAUGUCUGUGUCUUCAGUGGUCUAAACUUGCCCUGGAGUUUCCUCUUUAAGGGCAAGAUUGAAUGCCCCAGGCAGUGAGUGUGGAGGCACCGAGUGUGAGAGCAGUCAGUUAAUUGGGUGGCAGGUGACCUGUACAUGCACCUCUCCCUCCCUCCCUGUAAGUUGGGUUCUCAUCUCUGUUGAUAAAGGGUAGGAUGCUGAUGGAUUCCUGUAUAGGCAUGAAUUGAACCCCUUAAAUCAGCAAAAAAUUUCCAUCAUUAUUGCCUGCCGCUGGUAUUUAGGAAUCAUCGAAUCCCUACAUUGUCAAGUCCACACCUCCUCUGAAGAGCAUUCCAGACCCAUCCCCUCUACCCUAUAACCUUGCAUAUCCCAUGGCUAAUCCACUUAACCUAGACAACCCUAGACACCAUGGGCAAUUUAGCACAGUCAAUCCACCUAACCUGUACAUUUUACCCAGCAACAAGAGGGCCUGUCACCACAUGGGAAACACAGUCCUGUUGGGUUGGGUUACAGGCUCCUGGAGAAUUCCUUGGUCAAAGGUACAUUGUAUCUGACCAAGGAAUCCGGCACUGGGGAGGGGGAUUCCCUCGACAGCCAUUCACAUGCCUUUUCUGCUGACCACUGUGCCCCCUGCGCCUGCCCAGUGGCCAUCAUUCACGCAUGAACUGAAUCCCUCAUUGGCUCCGGUGGGUGUAUUGCUGGCAGUUGCCACUCACUGUUUCUGAUGGUGCAGAGUGUAAUGGAGACUUGUCAUGAUUAGCUCACAGUUGGUACAGUACAGAAGGCCAUUCGGUCUAUUGUGUCUGCACCGGCUCUCCAAACGAGCAGCAUCGCUUAGUGCCAUGCUCCUGCCCUUUCCCCGUAACCCUGCACACUACUGCCAUUUAAAUAAUCACCAAAAGUGUGUUUGGAGACCUUGAUCAAACCUGCCUUCACCAUACUUCCAAGCAGCUCAUUCCAGACCCAAAUCACUCAUUUUUGAAAAGCAUUUUUUCUCAUCACAUUUGCUGUUUUUUUUUGCAAGUCAGAUGGACCAAUGGGCUGAGGAGUGGCAGAUGGAGUUUAAUUUAGAUAAAUGUGGGGUCUACAUUUUGGAAAAGCAAAUCAGAGUAGGACUUAGACACUGAAUGGUAAGGUCUUAGCGAGUGAUACUGAACAGAGAGACCUUGGAGUGCAGGUUCACAGUUCCUUGAAAGUAGAGUCACAGGUAGAUGUGAUAGUGAAGAAGGCAUUUGGUAUGCUUUCCUUUCUUAGUAUUGAAUACAGGAGUUGAGAGGUCAUGUUGAGACUGUACAGGACAUUGGUUAGGCCACUGUUAGAAUACAGCAUGCAAUUCUGGUCUCCUUCCUAGUGGAAGGAUGUUGUGAAACUUGAAAGGGUUCUGAAAAGAUUUGCAAAGAUGUUGCCAGGGUUGAAAGAUUUGAGCUAUAGGGAGAGGUUGAAUAGGCUGGGGCUGUUUUCCCUGGAGCAUCGGAGGCUGAGGGGUGACUUUAUAGAAGUUUAUAAAAUCAUGAGGGGCAUGGAUAGGAUAAAUAGACAAGGUCUUUUUCCUGGGGUGGGGGAGUCCAGAACUAGAGUGCAUAGGUUUAGGGUGAGAGGGGAAAGAUAUAAAAGAGGGUCUUUUCACUCAGAGGGUGGUGAGUGUAUGGAAUGAGCUAGUAGAGGAAGAUGGUACAAUUACAACAUUUAAAAGGCAUCUGGAUGAGUGUAUGAAUAGGAAGGGUUUAGAGGGAUAUUGGCCAAGAGUUGGCAAAUGCGAGUGGAUUAGGUUUGGAAAUCUAGUUGGCAUGGACGAGUUGGAGUGAAGGGUCUGUUUCUGUGCUGUAUAUGUCUCUGACUUUAAAUCUCUUAUAUGCAUUAAAAUUUGCAGCUCUCACUGGCUGAAGUUUUCCCCCGGGGUUUUCCAUCCCAGGAAAUACUCAAUGCAAGCCACCUCAGCAAGUGAUAGGUACAUACGGCUGAAGGACCUUUCCCAGUAGAGACAACAUGAGACACGCCCACUAGCUUUUCUGACAGUCGCAAGACCCUUGUCGCAAGAAUUAAAUUCUGCCCUAAAUUCUUCCAUCUCCUACCCAGAGUCUACUUCUCUUAAGACAAUUCUUAAAACCUAACCCUUUGAUCAAACUUUCAUUAUGUUUUCAUAUCUUCUGGUGUGACUUUGUCAAGUUUUGUUUUAUAACUCACCCAAGAGGUGCCUGGGGAUCUUUUAUUCAGCUAGAGGCACUACAUAAAUACAAGCUAUUAGUGCCUUUUCUGAGUGAAUGUGAUGUCAGUUAUUGUAUUCUGACAUGAAUGGUGGAGACAUACUGUACUUGGAAUCAAGCUCCAUGAAUCAGUGCAUUAAUAGAAGUGUUUAGAUUCAAUCAACAAAAUGGCCUGUUGUUUCCCUUUUGAUACAGCUAUCCAGAAUAAAAGAGAUGU